GACACAUAUUACGCGAUACAUUAAGUGUCACUUUUUUAAAAAUUAAAUAUCUGAAUAUAUUUAUUGUGCUUAACAGAAGCCUCGCAUAAUUGACGAGGCUGAUUACUAUCACAUUAAUGAGAAGUUUUAAUGGUUACUCUCAACGAAACAACACAAUGAACAUUUUAGGUAAUGUCGUUGAGAAUAGUAAAAGAAGUCCAUAUAAUAAUUUUAGAAACGAGGAUGAAGAAGCCGAGGAGGACGUAGCGGCAGUUGAUGGCAAUAGCAGAAUCAAUGAUCCUUCUGGAAUUAUACAGAUUGACGAUGGUUUUAUUGGCUUCGAUAUGAAUGACAAUUACGGUGAAAAUUACAGCGAGACUGACCAUGCCACGUUAAAUAUCUUAGACAAAAACGAUGUUAAUUCCUACUCCGUUCUUUCUCUGAAGGAAAUGUCACUUCGGCACGUUGUAUUAAAAGCUUCUAGAAAAGAUGGACUGCAGCAGCAUAUCAGUCAUUAUUAUUUGACGAGCAUUUUCCUUUUACCGGAACAUAUACAACUUGAUAUGCAGCAGAAAGUUAGGUUUUGCCCUCAAUGUCAAGGGCCGUUUAUUUAUGAGUGGAGAAGCACUGUCCAGUUUAGGACCGUACAGGGGUAUCCUUCGCCUCCCCAUCAAGUUCGAUUCUGUGGUUCGAAGUGUAUGAAGAAAUAUAGUAUGCUUCUCGAACAGAAAUAUUUGGCGGCUCAAAGCAACGUUACGCUUCCCAAUACACACGAAAAUCCUACAAUACCUGAGCCUGGUUCAUUUGAUUGGAUCAUGAUGGCUGUAAGCGCAGCGUCAGCACAAGAAGAGGGUGCUAAUACUUUUUCGGCUGAUAUAUCAGAGUGAUUAAAAUGUAAGAAU